AUGCAGGCAUUGCUGGAAUCCAAGAAGAAAGAUGAUCCUGAUGCCUAUGACCCUGUGGAAGCCGACGUCAGCAGUAGUGAGGAAUCUGGGGACGAUGAUGACAUGCAGGGCCAAGACAUUCCAGACCAACAGCCUAUGGCACCGAGUUCACCGCCUCCCCAUCCAUUUAUACCUUUUCCCGAUUCACAGCCAAUUUUUGAGCGUGAGCAUGACCAGCCAAUUCCACCAGAGGAACCCACUCCGGCCAUGCCCAUCCAUCCAGCUGCAGAGACGGCCCCCGGUCCUUCAUCGGGCGUUCUACGGAGCUACAAGCUGGACGUGCUCCACUUGCACACGCAGAUCGAGAACUUCAAGCAACGCUCGCAAAAUUGGAGGUUGCGAGAGAAGAAGUCCCGGAUCUCCGCCUCCAUGGCAAAAAAUGAAAUCCGAAAGCAUGGAACCACCAAAGGAGCACAUCGGGCGUUGCCAACCCCUGUCCGUGGGAAUGCGGACAACUUGGACACGCAGCCCAUUGACAUCAUGAAGGAGUCUGCAGUGCCCGGUGAUGUAGUUCUUCUUCGGAGUGACCAGUUGGCUCACAAGUCAACCGUCAAAUCAUCCAAGAAGAGGACCAAGGAGGCCGCCGGAAAGCGGAAAGGUAAGAAAUCCAAGAAGGCCGCCGGAAAGCGGAAAGGUAAGAAAUCCAAGAAGACCAAGAAAUCACCCAAGAAGAAAGUCCAUCGUGCGAGAAGGGUUCUGCACAAUGCUGCUGCGGCUGCCUCAUCUUCCCAUAUAGGCCCUGAAGUGGCUGAAGUGGGGGGACCAAAGCCACGGCGCAAACGAAAGACUGAACCCUUGGCUGACAGCCAUCCUGAAGCAUCAGGCCGCAAGCGGCCGAAACAACCUGCCAAGAAGGAACCUCAAGAAGAGGUUUCAUCAUUGGCUGGAGCUGCUUCUUCGAGUGCUGCUGGGAAAAGGACUGCAGCCAAGGCUUCUGCAAGGAAGCCAAAGGUUGCUGUUGAGGGCAAGGUGAAAGAAGGGAAGACAAAGGCGGCUGCAAAGCCGAAACCAAAGGCGAAAUCCAGGGCAAAGAAGGGCAGUGCCGACUCCUCGGCCAUCCCAGCCGAGCCGGCUGACAUAAAGCUGGCCCAAUCGCUGGUUGACUUUGCUUUGCAGUUUGAUGAGAAGGACUCCCCAAAAAGCGAGCCCUACAAGCUAAAGAUCAAAGGGGACCUUACUGGGUUGAAGGCGCACACCCUCAACUGCUAUUGGAGCAAAUGUGGAUGUGGAUUGAAAAUCAUCGCAGAGGGCAAGGAUGGACAUCAUUGCUCUUUCAAUAACGUUUGUUCCCCUGAGUCGUGGAAAAUGGCAAUCUGUGCAAAGAUUGCCUACAUGACUGCUUUGAACUUGGAAGGCCGCAGCCCCCCACAGCGAGGAAACGCUCAAGCACUGCGGGCGCAUGGCCUUUGA